AUGACCCCUUUGCACAGGCAUCGAGUCCCAUAUUAUCAUGCGACCCCAGUGCUCGACGAGCUGAUCGCCCGGUUGGACCGCUACCAUCUGAUCCGCGUCAACGGGACGCCGGCGUCGGGCAAGACCUCGAUGACGCGGUGGGACAACGUGCGGAUCGCGGGCGGCUGGGCGCUCUUUCUGCAGAAACAGCUGCGGACGCAUGGCCAUCAGCUCCUCGCGCAUCCCGGCUUCUUGCUAGCGCGAGAGCUCCCCGGGAAGACGCCGAUAGUCUUUAAACCGCAUCAGCAGAUCUCGCUCCGGCCGGAGGAGACCGCGGAGACAGCCCCACGCUGGAAGCCGGUGGGCUUGCUGCUCGAUGAGACCGAGGCCCACGAGAUCCUGGAUCGAUAUGUGCCAAUUGUCAUAUCCAACGGGGCGGACAUCUUGACCAAGGAGUUGAAGCAUGGCUUGUUCCUGGUUAGUGGGGGGCACGCGGGCUUGCUGGUGUCCCUCGCCGACGCCCUGGAAUUGAUACCGGAGAUCUAUGCUCUGAUCCGGAAACGCCAGCCACUCGACUGGACGACAGUAAGCCAGGGACUCUUUGGCGACUGCCGACGAUUGUUCGGCAUCAUUCAGCACCUCCCAUUUGCUCGGGGGUUGCCCAAACAACGAGUGGUGCAGCAAUCCGCUUACUCGAGUGUCUUCAAGAACGCCGUCAUGUACGAUGGAGCUCUGGAGUCGAGCUAUGUCGACAGCCCGGAUCAACAGCGGGCUCUGCAGGCGAUUUGGAAGGAAGGAUGGCUUCAUGCGGAGAUCGUGCUGGGAGAGACACGCUAUGUGUUUCCUAGCCAGAUCCAUCGAUGGUAUUGUCAGUGCCUUUUCUUCCGCGACGACGCACCAGCCAAAGAACUGGCCUAUCGAUCCCCACUGGAGAUGGCUACCGAAGCCAUUCGCCAUUUCGACCCGCACCAGCUGUCGAAAACCGCGCGCACGCUGGAAGAUCAAUACCAGAAGGAAUUCUACCGCUGUCUCUUUCCGCUCCUCCUCGAGUACCAGAUCGCGAUGUCUCCGGAGUAUCUCAUCAAGAAAACGGCGGACGGCCCGUACUUUGCGAUGAUCCGGGACGAGCUGAUGGACGAUUACAUUGUUUUGAAUUUCACCCAGACCCGACCACGCAGGAAGUACCCAGGAUACCGCGGCCACCUGUAUCAUGUGGUCUUCUCCGAGGACUGCCGCAACGUCCAGGUCCUGGACGCCUCGGAUCUGAGUGAAGUCGUUGCUUUUGUGCUGGUCGAGAACACAUCUUUCUUCCGUUAG